CCAGCCGCCGCCCAACUCGCUAACAGCUAGCGGAGCGACGGGCGGAGCACUGACCAGAAUUUUCAAGUGAAACAUUAUUUAACAUCAGAGAUUUGGCCUUCAGAUUUAAGAGCUUAACGAAAAUGGCAGAUAGUUUUUCGCUUAAUGAUGCCUUAGCUGGCCCUGGAAACCCAAACCCUCAAGGAUGGCCCGGUGCAUGGGGGAACCAGCCUGGGGCAGGGGGCUACCCAGGGGCUGCCUAUCCUGGGGCCUACCCGGGACAGGCUCCUCCUCCAGGGGCUUAUCCUGGGCAGGCUCCUCCUAGUGCCUACCCUGGCCCAACUGCCCCUGGAGCUUACCCUGGUCCAACUGCCCCUGGAGCUUUCCCUGGACCUCCUGCACCUGGAGCCAUGCCAGGGCAACCUGGAGGACCCGGAGCCUACCCUAGUGCUCCCGGGGCCUAUCCUGCUGCUGGCCCCUAUGGUGCCCCCACUGGACCACUGAACGUGCCCUAUCACCUGCCCUUGCCUGGAGGAGUCAUGCCCCGCAUGCUGAUCACCAUCGUGGGCGCAGUGAAACCCAAUGCAGACAAGAUUAUUCUAAAUUUCAAGAAAGGGGAUGACGUUGCCUUCCACUUCAACCCCCGCUUCAAUGAGAACAACAAGAGGGUCAUUGUGUGCAACACCAAAGAGCAUAACAACUGGGGCCGGGAAGAGAGACAGUCAGCCUUCCCAUUUCAAAGUGGCCAACCCUUCAAAGUCCAAGUGCUGGUUGAACCUGACCAUUUCAAGGUUGCAGUCAAUGAUGCUCACCUGCUGCAGUACAACCAUCGGAUGAAAAAUCUCAGGGAAAUCAACCAAGUGGAAGUUUCUGGUGACGUAACCCUUACCAGUGUUUCACCCACCAUGAUCUAAUCCAGAAGGAGCAGCGUGCGAAGCCGGAGUUAAAUGUUACGCAUUUAAGGCUCUGUGCUCAUUAUGAGUGGAAAACUUUACAUUUAUUCCUUAUCCUUCUUGUAAGGCAUCCAUUUAAUAAAUAUUUUCAUGCUGAUGGA